UGCGGAGCCUUUUUGACCCUGGCAGGCUGCCGUCCUGAAAGCACAAUAUGGAGAUCGUCGUCUGUCCGAAGUUUUGACAAGACGAACUUUUAGAAAGAAUAUGUUUUGGAUACUUCUGACAGCCGACAUCCCGACGCAACUUUUUCCUCCCCUUCAUGGACGUCAGAUGAAAUGGAAAAAAGUGACAUUAAAAUGUAAAUAGUUGUGACGGACAGCUUUGCGUUAGCCGGGCUAGCACGUCUUGUUGAAUCGCGCAGCGGUUGAAGUGAAGUUUACGUGUCGUUACAGAGAAACAGCCGGACAAAGUUGGCCUUUAAAUAAGUUUGUCGCUCGUGUGAACAUGUUGCGUUUUCUGCGGUACUGUUUCAGCCACUGCCUCCACGCAGCAAUGACCCGGCUGGAGGAGGUCAACGGGGAGGUGAGCGUGUGGUCGUCGGUCCGGUGGCUCGGCUACCUGUCCGGUCUGAGCCUGCUCGUGUCCAUCUGUUUGGGUCUGUAUGUGCGCUGGGAGCACACCGGGGAGUCUGUGCUGCUUGUUCUUUGUGUUUUGGCUCUGCUCGGUCUCGCUGUAGCGAGUGUGCUGUACUAUUACUACAGCAUGGAGAGGGUCAGCUUCUUCCUGCUCCACCUGUGCUACGGCUUCCUGCUCGGGCUGCUCUGCUUCCUCAACUCGGCCGCCCUGGAGAGAGACGUCAAGGAGCAGGCAGCCAACUACCUGUUACUGCUCAGCGUCGGCCUCCGGACUCUGUGGGCGCUGCUGGAGCGGCUGCUCGGACGUACCCGGUACCGCCCCGCCUUCCUCACCUUGGCGGAGCGCUCGGAGCUGGUGGGCUUCGCCGCGGCCAGCACGGCGCUGCGGGUCCAGCAGAGCUUUAGCGUCGCGGUGCUGCUGGUGGCGCUGGCCGCGGUCAUGAUCGUCCUCCGGGUGAAGGUUUUCCUGGCUCUUCCGAACCUCGUCUGCUUCGCGUCCAUCACCGGCGCCCUGUUUGUGAAGUCUUUGAACGUCACCACCAACCCGUUCGCCCUCUCCUGCUUCUUCAGCCUGCUGAUUUGCGACCCUCUGCUGGAUUUCUGCUUCAGUGGGCUGACCUUGACCGAGCGCUGGCAGUCCCUCCUGAGGUCCAGGGCUCUGUGGCGCCGCCUGUCCCUCCUGCCCCUGCUGCUGGUGGAGGUGGCCUUCACCGUCCUGGCUGCUCAGAAACUCUCAGAGCCGGAUUCGGGGUACCUGGUGAUCCUGGGCUUUGUGUUGUUGGUGCUCUUCUGGGUUGUCUUCCACAUGGUGUUCUUCCUCACUGCGUGGGGCUUCCACACCAAGCUCAGUGACUGUCAGAGACUGUAUCCGUCCCAUGGACUGGAGGACACCAGCAUGGACAAGGUCAUGGCCUCUAAGGGCAUGAGGCACUUCUGUCUCAUCUCUGAGCGCCUGCUGGCUCUUGCUCUGGCGUCAACUAUUGCUGUUGCUGCUCUGUGCUGGCAGGCUUCCAGCUGCAUCUUUAUGAGUACCUUUCUGCUCAUUCUGCUCCUGGAGUCUCUCUUUCAUGGACUCUUCUAUGAGCUGGGGAACAGCUUGGGGGGAACCUGUGUGGGCUAUGCGGUGGUCAUCCCUACUAACUUCUGCAGUCCUGAUGGUCAGCCCAUGCUGCUACCUCCAGGUCAGGUGGAUCAGCUGAACAGGCGCUCCACGGGCAUGUUGAGCAACAUUCAGCGUUUCUUCGCCUGCCACCUGAUCGAAAACUUUGGCUGUGAUUAUUCCACAAGUGGGUUGACCCUGGACACUCUGCAGGCCAAAAUCAAAUCCUUCCUGGAGUUCCGCACAGCUGACGGGCCUCGACAUGAUACAUACGUGAUCUUCUACAGUGGUCACACACAUCGCUCUGGAGAGUGGGCGCUGGCAGGUGGGGACGUCCUUCGCCUUAAUCAGCUCUUGGAUUGGUGGCGGGAGAAGAACAGCAGCUCCUAUUCGCGCCUCAUUGUUGUACUCGACUGCGACAACUCGUUGCCCUGGGUGAAGGAGGUCAGGAGCGUGGAGGGUCCGUACGUGGCCGUGCAGGGCGCGACACUCACCAGAGAGGGGAACGUGGAGCUGGAGGAUGCCCCUCAGCUCGGAGACUUCACCUCCCAGUGGGUGGAGUACAACUGCAACCCCAACAGUAGCAUCCAGUGGUCCGAGAGGGGCAGGGUGGUUUCUGCCAACUACGGCAUCUCCAAACACUGGAGCGACUACACCCUGCCCCUGCCCACAGGAAGUGAUGUCACCAACCACUGGAGCAUGUACUUCCCUCAGAUCAUGUACCCGGUGGUGCAGCUGGUGCUGUGGCCCAGCGAGCAGAACUCAACGUGGCUCUGCAGCUUCUGUCUGCGAUAUGUGAAGAGAAUCAAACUGAACUGGUUCCCACCAGCUGUCCUGGAUACUGAGCAGGGCUUCAAACUGGUCCGCUCAUAACAGAGGCUGCUUUGCUUUGUUUUUGUUUUUGUUUGACACACUAAACAGAAUUUAUAUUUUUGAAAUAUAGCCAGUUUUUAGAUUUUAAACUUGUCGCCAAACAGCGUCCUGACAGUUACUGAACAAUGAGUUGGUUACUUUAAAUAUUUAGUCUUUUUUAAAUUCCCUUUUUUAUAUUUGUUGAACAAAGUUUGAUUCAUUAAAGCUUUAACUUAUCAGAAGUACAGAGGCAAGACUGAGCACAAUAUUUUGCACAUUUUAACUUUAUGCUCACUGUUGGAUCAGAGUUCAUUUGUUGCCUUCAUUUGAUUGAACUCGGCUCAGCUGAAAGCUCGCAGCCACGGUACGUUUUCAUUUCUCAGGCUUCAUUUAUCAGCAGCCCGCUCCCAGAGCUCAUUACUCUCCUCUGUUGUUUUUAUAUGAAAUGAUUACUUUUGUAUUCUGUAUUUUUACUGCUUCUCACCACUCUUUGCUAAUGCACUGCUUUGUGUUUGCGCAAAUGUUUUUGAACAAAUUGUUCUAAAUUCACUCCAGCAGUUUCAUAGUCUAAGCAGAGCUUGUUUCAUAAUGAACCUCAGGACUACUUCUUUAUUACUCCUUCUUGUACUAUGCAAGUUUAAUAAUCUGUUCAACACAUUGGAAAGUGCUGAUCAAAACCAGGUUACUCUAUGCAAUAAAAGGAAAGUGCAACA